CCCACCGGACCUGCUGUGCGGGGUGGUGCGGAGCCGUGGAGUGUGUUCUGCGUGAUGUUGUUUUGUUGUGGCGGUCAGAUGAAUGUGGACCGGCUGUCCGCUCUGACACCGCGGCGGGAAGCCCCCUGACCCCCCUCUACCCUCCCUCCCUCCCCAGGACCCACGGGCUCGGAGAGCGGCUCCAUCCGGCGCAUCACAAUCCAGGAAAUGCGGACUGCUGGCCCGUUCGCCACUAGAUAAAUGGCUGCAGCGCUCGUACAGUAGCAAACUGAGCCUGUGAAGCGUCUCUGAGGGGGAAGACCAGACUGCUCUGUCAGGACUGUUCAGAGGUUCAUCCACCUACACUAUCAGGGACCAGCAAAGGAGAUGCAGUUAAGAUAUUGAAUGGGCUGUUAGGAUGGCAGAAACUGGACAGAAGAGGACUUGCUGUAUACCAAGAGAUGAUCUAUGUUUACUUACAUCAGUGCUGCUCCAGGGCACAUUUUAACAAUGCCUCUCUUGGCCCUCUUGAAUACCUUCAGGCCCACGCUGAUCGAGGCGCUUUGGUGUGAUUUGCCAUCACCGUCCACAACACCUUGUCUCUGACCUCACUGCUGCCAUGUGGUUAGCCCCAUGAGGCUCCAAGAGCCCUUGCGUGUGUGUCUGUGAGGCUUUCUCCUCACUCUAUGGAGGCUGAGCCCAGCCAUCCGGGUGAUGGGGAUCGCUCUGGAAGACAAGAGCAGCACCAUGUGACAGCAGAAUCCUCUUUUAAGUCUUGUCCACAGCCCCAACAGCCAUCUAAUCCUCGUCCAGUACACAGAGCUUUGGGUCGACUGCAAAACCGCCAACCCAAACGUGCUGAUCUUCUUCGGUUACAACAGCAAGCAGUAGCAUGGCAGCACACGGAAAACCCAGGUCCUUCAGGAGGCAGCUUUUUCUCUCCAGGUUCCGCAUCGACUUCAUCUCAUCACACGCCAUCCUCCACCCAGGUUGAACAUGGCCAAAAGCUCUCUUUACAGUCAAGCCAAGAGACAAAAGAAGGGGUUAGCUCUCCCAGGAAAGGAGAGAAGAAACCCCAAAAACCAGGGAAAUAUGUGUGCACUUACUGCGGUCGUCCAUGUGCCAAGCCAAGUGUUCUGCAGAAACACAUUCGCUCCCACACAGGAGAAAGACCUUAUCCUUGUGCCCCCUGUGGCUUUUCUUUCAAGACCAAGAGUAACCUAUACAAGCACCGAAAGUCCCAUGCCCACCGGAUUAAGGCAGGCCUUGCCUCCAGUCGUGAUGAGCCCAGUUUGAGUGGGCCAGACUGCAGUGGUAUUGGAGAAGAUGUUGAGGAGCAUACAGAGGCAGAAAGCACCGAGUCUGAAGAUGAGACAGGUCACCACAAAAAAUCUUCUAAGGAGAUUUUGGCCCGGCAGAAGAAAGGUGGUAAGGAGCUACCAGGAGGAUCAGAGGCGAGCCAGAGGCCUGAAGAUACUCAAGCGGUCAAACAAAGGCUUGCACUGAGGCUUAGUGAAAGAAAACGUGGGCCAAUGGCUUCACCUGAUGAUCCUCCUUCAUCCAUCUCAACCUCGUCAUCUUCUCUUGGCCCUGGCAGUAAAGGCAGCACAGAGUCAGGUUACUUUUCUGGAUCAGGUAGCACUGACCUGUCCCAUGUUAGCCCUCCCAGCGCCAGUGCCAAAACAUACGCAGAAAUCAUUCUCGGGAAAUAUGGAAGGUUGGGAGGGCAGCAGCGUAGUCCACAUCCACAGCAUUCUCAGUCCCCCCUUUCCUCACUGUCUGGAACAGAGGAAAAGAGUGUUCCCUUUGCUGUACCUAAAACCCAAGUCAUAGAACACAUUACAAAGCUUAUAACCAUCAAUGAAGCAGUGGUGGACACUAGUGAGAUUGAUAGCGUAAAGCCCAGGCGCUCUUCUCUGUCAAGGAAAAGUAGCCUGGAGUCACCCAAAUUGAAUGCCCCCAAAGACCCCUACGUGUUUGAUCCCAAGGGAGAAGCCCCUGGUCCCAGCGGCUUAAGGCACCCUCAAAAUCCAGAGACAGAACCACCAGUCACCCUGGCCUUGUCAACAGUUCCCCUUCUCAGAAGCCGCUCAAUGCCAUCUUCAAGCAGCCAAUUAGAGUCUUCUGCAUCUGGAAUAAGAUCCAAAAGAGGCUACCGCCUCUGCCAUUCAUUUGAUGAGCAGCAGGCCAUGACAACAGAGAUUAAUAUUGGUCAUGCUCACCGCAUGUUAAGGCGACAACCUGCCAUUGAGGUUCCUUUGGGAGCUGAACUUAUGCUGGAGGAGAUUCCCCCCAACUCCUCUUCUUCAGCCACUGGCACUGACACAGGUAGCCAUCCAGAGCAACAAGCACCACAAAGUACAUUGAACCCAUUAGAAUGCAAAGUAUGUGGAGCAAGCUUCCAGCAUGGUGACAGCUACAAGGCCCACAAAGGUGUGUGCUCAGGGCAGCAAACACUGGAACAGGAGAGUGGGGAUACAAGUAAAACCUGCAGAGAGGAUCGCCCUCAGAUGAUGAUGCACUAUAAGUUCAGAGCACUGGCGAUGGCUGUGAGGAAAAGGCGGAAAGAGGAGAGUAUAGAAGAGGAUCUUCCAAGUCCUGGGUCUGGGACCGUGUCAGGGAGUUCUACAAGCAUCAUUCCAGCGGCAGGUCCACCAGGACCCAGCCAAGCACUCUCAGAUAUAGGUGGUACUAUACAGACAGAGUCGGGACAACAGCAACAUCGAGAUCGGAAGGGUGUGUCUGUAAUCCAGCACACAAGCUCCUUUGAAAAGCAGGAGACAUCCUCAAUGAAAAGUGAGGGCUCAGACGUUCAAGAGGGUCACCAAACACAACCCCAACCAAAACCAUCACCUUCUGCAUCUCGCCUCAUCCGCCAGCCCAACAUCCAAGUGCCAGAGAUUCUUGUUACAGUGGAGCCUGAUGCUGACAUGCCAUCCAUGUCACCACCAGUGACUGCGUCGUCAUCUAAGGUGGCAGACAGAGUGGAGGAGUUUCAGUGGCCACAGCGUAGCCAGACUCUAGCCCAGCUCCCUGCAGAGAAAUUGCCCCCAAAGAAGAAAAGACUCCGCUUAGCUGAGGCAGCGCAAUCCUCCGGGGAGUCUAGCUUUGAGUCUGUGUCACUGCCUCGCAGCCCCAGUCAGGAGAGCAGCAUGUCCCACACUUCAAGUCUUUCUGCUUCUUUCGAAGAUGCAACACGAUCCGAGCCUACAGUCUGGGGCACCAGUAGCCAAAGCACCCAAAUGUUGACUGUGCCAUGUACUUCUCAACAACACAACCAAAGCCACAAGGAGAUGAGGCGUUCAGCGUCAGAGCAGGCCCCUCAGAAAUCAGAGCAGGUCACAGAUACCAGAAGCAAAUCUUUUGACUUGGGAUCCUUGUCCUCUCAGCAGUCAGCAUCCUCCUGGAAAGAACGACGGAAGUGUCUUCUUGUGAAGCACGCAACCUUAGGGGAACCUGAGCAAGAGGAGGGGGCCAGAGCAGAGAGUCCAAAGCCCGGGCCUUCUCACUCAAGCCAUCCUCUUUUCUAUUCAAGCUCCCAUUUCAGUCAAGAGGACACAGGGAAUGUCUUGCAGUUGUUACAGCCACAGAUCCUCCCUCGAGAUAUUCUUCCUCCGCAUGAAUGCAUCCAACAGACAUUACAUGUAGGACCUCUAUCCCAGAUACUCCCAGUCACCACGGCGUCCCAGUUCAUGAACAGAACCUUUUUACAUUCACAAACUGUUCAACCUCUACAGGUACACCCAAUGCAGAUCCACAUGGCCGAACAAAUGGGUAUACCACUCCACCGACUUCCUGCUUUAGUUCCUGUCCAGUUUCCUUUCAGUGUGAGUCAGUCUGUGUACUUGCCUCCCACACCGUUACAUUCCACACAGGUUAUAUCUCCUCCUUCCACAGAGGGAAGCACCUCUUACCCCUACCCACACCCCCACAUUGCGACGUGUGUGGCACAGCUUACCCCAACGGUGUCUCUUGUGGUACCAGUCCGCCUCCAAACCCACAUACCUACCUAUACACGUGCCAUGUACACCACCCUGUCCCAGAUUCUGACCUCUGCUUGUCCACAGGACCCCAUUUUUUGCACGACCAUGACAAUCCUGGGCAAAGUGGAAAGGCGCAAAUUACAGAGGUCUUAUUUGAAGGUCCCAACACCAGACAUUAAGAUUAACCUUCCUGGGGAACUGCAGUCACCUUCUGUCGAGGAAUAUGGUCCACUUGGAGCCGGAGGGAGUAAACGGAUGCUCUCACCUGCAGCCAGUCUUGAUCUCAGUACUGAGGCUCAACGUCACCAGAAAAGAGUUAAAGAGGAAGCAGAAGGGGAGCAACACAAGCCUGAAGUAGAGGUGAAAGAUGCAGACAACAAGGUACAAAAGGAGGAAGAAAGUAAAACUGGUGGGGAACAACUAGAAAAGGUUGAGAAGAAAACGGAGACGCUUGCGGUAACCGCCGUAAAAGAAGAGGGGGAGGUGAAUCCAAGGCAAAGGGAAAUUAACAAGGAGGAAAAAGAGGUGGAAGAGUCAAUUGUGAGAAGUCAAAAGGAAGAGGAGCCUCAAAUGAAGGAGAUGGGGAUCGAGAGAGCAAACACCCGUUCAUACCCGAGCCUCCACACAACAACCUCUGCAAGCUGGUGCUACCUGAACUAUGUCAAACCCAACCCAACUACACAGAGGGACCCUCGCACCUCAGUUUACUCUUCCUGGAGUGUUAGCGGACAUAACCCAAACUUGCCAGGUGUCAGCACUAAGGUGGCCUUGUCUCUGCUGUGCUCCAAACAGAAGUAUAGCUCAGAGACGUACACCAUUGCCACGGCUCCGAACCCAGCCAAAAAAAAUCCCCCCGCAAGUAGCAGCGCUCCACGAAUGUCAGAGGUACAUCCGAUCCCAGCCUGUUCCUCCACGGAUGUAACAGACCACCAGCAUGAAAAGGAGGAGAAUAAAGAGACGAGGGAAGAGGAGGCACCUUCCACCUCAAAACACUGCGAAACAUCUCGUGUUCGCAUCUUUGAAGGCGGGUUUAAGUCUAACGAAGAAUAUAUUUACGUUCGAGGGCGUGGCAGAGGAAAGUACAUAUGCGGGGAGUGCGGCAUCCGCUGUAAGAAGCCCAGCAUGCUGAAGAAGCACAUCCGAACACACACUGAUGUCCGUCCGUACAUUUGCAAACACUGCGACUUUGCCUUCAAAACCAAAGGGAACCUUACCAAACACAUGAAAUCAAAAGCUCAUGGGAAAAAGUGCCAGGCAAUGGGAGUGUCUGAACCAUCCGCGGAUGAGCCAGAGAGCCAGGAAACAGCAGGGAGCGGUGAACGUGCAUGUUACUCCGAGGAACGGGAAGAGCACCAGUUUUCCAACGCGGAGGAGUCGGAGGAUGAUGAUGACGACGAUGAUGAUGAUGAUGAUGAUGAUGACGGCGACGACGAUGAUGCGGAAGAGUCUCACGAUGACCCUCCUUCCUCCUGUUCGUCGGACACCCUGGCGUCAACAGCGGGUCGGUCCAAAUCCAGCGGUCGUUCUCGGCAGUGUACACCAGAGCCCGAGCCCGCCGGUCUCAGUUCCAGUCCGGGCCUGGAGGCUUCCCAAAGAGGGGCUUGGCACAGUAGACGAGCCGCCUCGCCGGGCAGCAGGAGAGCUCUGUUCUCCAGAUGGAACUGGAAGGCAUCACCGAGAGCCUUCUCCCCCAGCAGCGAGAGCUGUUCCCCCAGUCACAGCCUCUCCCCCCGCCUGGAGCUGUCCUCACCCAUGCACAGUCUGUCCCCAAGAACUGAGCUACCUUCACCCAGCCGGCAAGUGUCACCCUCCCCUGAUAGAGGACCGUCUCCCAUCAGGCCCGUCUCGCCGCUUCGUCCUAGCUUGCCAGGCUCUUACAGGUUAUCACAAGCUGGGACUCCGCCCUUGCCGGUUGGAGUGCAGCAGAGGACCCACGGAACCCUUCCUUGGGAACACCACUGCGCAAAGGGUAGUCAUAUGAAAGUAGACAAAGAUGGCACUGCAACGGAUUGUCACUCAAUGGCAGACACCUUCUUGUUCCCGCCUGCUUUUCGUCUUUCCACAUGCGAGAGUUAUCCCGGCCACCGAGCAGCGGACAAUAUCUUCAGCCAUCUUCCCAUGCACUCCCAACAAGCCAAGGUCCCUUAUCUGAUGAUUCCCAUCGGAGGGAUUCAAAUGGUACAAGCCAGACCAAGGUCGAAUCCUUCCACGCCCAUGUCCCCGAUGUCUCCUUCCACGGAGGGGCCAUCGCCGGCCAGGCUUGACUCAUUCUGGGGCAGGACCCCAGGACCUCAAGGGAGUAGGACUCCCGGGAGUGACUGGUCAGCGGACUAUCAGGCAGCAGGAGGCAGCCAGUCAAGACAGUGCAGUAUGGGUACACAAGUCAUGUGUUCCAAACUGGAGUUGGAGACCACGGACUCAAAGCAAUAUGGCAGCUCACAAAGCUCCGCCCACACGUGCAGGCGUGCUACGGAGUCGAGCGAACGCCACACUGAAGACGGACGUUCGGAGGCAUCUUUCAGUCAAGCAGCCCCUGUAUCUUUGUGCCUGAUUGGACAGCAGCUAGAGGCUGAGGGCACAGCGUCAGAGGACGCGGCUAGAGAAGACCAGAGCACCUAAUUUGAUGCAUCUCCAACUUGCUUUUUCAGUCGCUACAUUCGUCUUGUUUUCCAAUGGCUUUCUUUUUUUUUUUUUUUUAUACAGUUUUCAAUACUAUUGUUAACUUAAAUGUUUGUUCUUUGACAAUAUUCAGGUUUGUCAUAAAAAUGCACUUUUUUUUUUCUUUGUGAAAAUAAUGUUUCUGUAAAUGUAUAUACAAGAAUUAUAUAUGAUUAUACCCUUCCUGUAUCUCUAUUGAUGCUGGUCAUGCUACUGUCUGGUUGAAUAUGUGUCAAGAGUAAUAUGAACAUGUGUAAAUGACCAAAAUCUUAAAUCAAAAUUAAUUACCUGUUUCAACCCCCCCCCCCACCCCCCAGUAUUCCUACAAUUAUAGUUACUUGUGCCUUUUCUGUCCAGGUUUGUGUUUUGAGGCGUAUUGUACAGAUAGAAAAUGAGAAGGCUGUGAAAUUUUAUAUUGGACUUUUGUGUCAUUUAAGGAAGAUUUAUAUUCGGUGUUCUGUUUUGUUCUUAAUAGUCUUGCUUUAAUUCCAGGGUAACCAAGAGUCACAUCGAUUGAUAUGUUGAAGGAGCAGCAGAAACUCGUCAAAGGAAAUGCACUGAAGUUCUAUUUUUUAUUGUAAGAGACUUUGGAUGAGAAAUGUCUUUACAGGGAAGAGCGCUCCUUAUUUAUUGCUGUUUGAUGACAACGAUUGUUGUUUUAUUUUUUACUCUUUGUUAAAUGGGAAAAACUAUGUUUCUUUUUAUUACUUUUUUUUUUCAUGAUGUUCAUGCAAUUUGAAUUGGGGACAAAGAUGAGGGAUGUAGCUUGACUGGUUCUGGCGGAUCAAGUGCCCUGCAAAUUUAACACGCAACAAAAUUUGCAGUCAUCGGAAAAAAAUAAAAAAUAGUGCACCAAAGACCCUU